AACUUAUAUUGGGUUUUGCUUUAAAAGGUCCAUGAUUUAUUUUUUUAGUAGUUCAGGUCAUCAAACUUAUAUGUGACCUGUUAAUUAUACCAACAAUCUAUUUUUUAUCCGGUUUUAUGGGUUACAUCCACCUAUCCCUAAUGUAUCAGUGGGGAAAUUUCAUCCGGUUUUGUAGAAUGGUAGAGCUUGUUUAGGAUAAGUUAUAUAUCGUUAUAUAACAUCAGAGCAAUUAUCACUGGAGUGUUUUCUAGAUUGUCUCGAUCUUUCAUUUGAACACGUCACUUUAGAAAUCGCCAAUCCUAUGGAGGCAUCGAUCUACGUGUGGCAAAAAAGGAUUCAAUCGAGGCCAUUACCUCAUCCAAAACAGAUCGGCGGCGAAAGCUUUGUGGUACAUGGUGAAUGAUACAAGAGAGACUCAUUAGUUGAAGGUAUCUUACUUUGUCUGAAACAUCGUUUUCCCGGUCUAACUCAAACCUCAUUAGACAUCAGCAAGAUGCAACACCAAAAGGAUGUUGGGAAAUCGAUCUUGGAGAGCUACUCUAGGGUUCUGUAAAGUCUCAUGUUCAAUCAGAGAUGGUGGUGUUUGGCAGGUUGUGUUUCAUUCUGGAGAUUCGGCUUGAGCGGGUGGUUGUUGAAGGAAGCUUGAAUGCUGGCGUAAGGUGAAUAGACGGUAUUUCCGUUGAGCGGUUUUUUUUACAGGUGGUGAUGAUGUGUGGCAGUGGAUGGUGAAGCCGGUGGUCGAAGGUAGAUGACAUGUGGUAUCAUGCAACAUCAAAUCAACAUUGAGAAUAAAGCAAGGAAAGUUUCAGCAACUAUGUCAACCACGACAACAAUAGCUCAGAUGCUUAACGAUUUUGUUAAAGGUUUACAAUAAAAGGGAGCUUCGAUUUGUGGUUAUAACUGGUAAAACCGGAUGAAAAAUAGAAUGUUGGUACAAUUAACAGCUUUUCAUCUUGCGGAUUGGAUGCCUUGGAUGGGGUUUAUGGAUUUGCAAGGGUAUGUGAAGAGGAUGAAGGCUUUAAGCAAGAGAUUUGAUAAGUUUUAUGAACAUGUCUUUGACGAGCAUAGGGAUAGGAUGAAGGUUGAAAAGCAGGGUUUUGUAGCAAGAGAUGUGGUUGAUGUGUUGUUGAAGUUAGCAGAGGAUCCUAAUCUUGAAGUUCAGCUCAGUAUUGAUGUUGUCAAGGGGCUUGCGCAGGAUUUGAUUGUCGGUGCAACUGAUACAACUACAACAACAAUAGAAUGGGCAAUGAGCGAGCUGAUUAAACAACCUCAUCUAAUAAAGAAGGCAACCGAAGAGCUCGAUAGGGUGAUUGGUAAAGAAAGAUGGGUCCAAGAGACCGACUUCACAAACCUACCUUUCAUCGAUUUAAUUCUAAAUUAA